GACGCAACAAAAUAGUAUAAAUAUCCUUAAUCUAUGCCAAUUUUUCUUAUUCUCACAACAUUUUAUUUCUUCAAUAUGCGUGUAACAUCUGCUAUCCUCAUUGCCAUUGCCUUUGCUCUUUGUGCUAACGCAGAGACUGCUGACAAGCAUGAAGCUCCCGUCGUCCCAGAAACUCCUUCUGAGCCAGAAUCCGCUGGUAAGCCAGAUGCUGAUGCCAAGCCUCUCCCUGAAGCCGUUAUCAGCUGUUACAAAGACAUCAAAUCGGCUGUAGAUGAAUUCUACGCUCUUGGAGAAACUAUGGUCUCUUUGAAAGAAGGUGAUGGCUAUGACAGUAUCCAUCACGGAAAAGAAGGCAUUGAAAGUCACUUGAAGAGUGCUGGUAUCAAUUGCUGUAAGGCUGAUACCUCAGACUUUUCAGAGGAUGAAAAGCUCCAAGGUGUUGAUCUUAUUACUACGUACAGUUCAGCUACUGAUUAUGCGUUGGUCAUUGCGCAAGUAAUGAAGGAAGGUAUAACUAUUGAUGAAGCAGCCCGUAGUCAAAUCAGUGAGGACAUUGAAUCCUUGUCCAAACAAAACGAUGCCUUGUUUUCCUGUUUGGUAAAGAAUAGCCCCCCUGCGUACUUGAAGGACGUUCAAACUUAUGAAUCCUAUGUCCAAGAGUCUUACAAGGUCGCCAAGGAUGCUUUUGCAGCUACAGAAUAAAUAACAUAAUUAUCGCAUUUUUUUAUUAUUGACAAUAAAAAUACUCCGCGCCAUCCCGUG